AUGAUGGUGGUUUCUGUAAAGCGUCAAUAUCUACGAACCUUGAUCCUCUUAGCCAUAUUUGUAGCUUAUUUAUUAGGUGGAUCAGCUAUAUUUCAUGCAAUUGAAUCUAAGGAUGAGGAAGAGAAUAUCAAUAAAACUAAAGUCUUUACGCAGGAGCUACAACAACAGUUUAAUUUAAGCGACGAAGAGUUUGCUUACCUGGUGACAACGAUAAGGAGUAAUCCUUAUAUUGGCAAAAUGGAUCGAAAAUGGAAUUUUACACAAGCGCUCUUCUUUUCAACAACUGUAGUAACAACUAUAGGUUAUGGAGUCUUAGCACCAUCUACUGAAGCCGGGAAGGGUAUUUGUAUAAUUUAUGCAUUAUUUGGAAUACCAAUUACAAUUUUGUUGUAUCAGUCAGUUGGUGAUAUAAUCAAUGCCUUCUUUGCCUAUCUAAUUCGUUCCUUUAAAAAGACAAUGGGCAAAGUUCCGAGAGUGCGAAACUUAGAACUAGGUAUUUUCGAUGGUUUGCUAACAAUGACAUUUUUCAGUGGAGGAGCUGCUACAUUUGCCUUCCUGGAAAGUUGGUCGUACUUAGACGGCUUUUAUUACUGCUUUAUUACGUUAUCUACGAUUGGAUUUGGUGACUAUGUCGCCUUACAAAAGCACAAUCAUCAUAUGAACCAUUCGGCUUAUUUAGGGUUAUGCAUCAUCUUCAUUAUGUUAGGCUUGGCUGUAGUCUCUUCAGGCCUUAACUUAUUUAUCCGCUUUACUAUGGAAAUAACCACUACUGACCAAACCAAAAAGGAGAUCGAUAAAACAGCAUUAAAAAUGAUUACAUUGCUGACGAUGACUAAUAUCAUUAUUCAUGCCUGCAUCUGCUAUAACUUGCCACCAUAA